AUGUUAUUACAAUUAAGUAAAAUAUUAAUAUUAUGUUUAAUGUUCUUUUUCGUUAGAGGACAAGAUUCAUCAUCAACUAUCUCCUCCUCCUCGGUCUCUUCCUCUUCAGUGCCUUCCUCUUCAUCCGAAUCUUUCAAUGGUCAAUAUAUAUUCUCUUUUACAGAAGCCUAUACUUUAAUGGCAAUUGAUAUUAGUAAUGGUAACUUGGUUGUUAACCAUUCCUUAAGUGAAUUGAUUCUUCCUUCCUCUAUUUUAUCAUAUGAUCCAACUACAUACUCCUUCAGAUUUUUUGGAUAUUAUGAACAAUAUCCAGGUUAUCAUUUCCUAUUGUCAAACUAUAGUUUAACAACUAAUACAUUCACUGCUAUUACUAGUUCAAUUCUAGAUUCAUUGUACUACUCUUAUGCUAUUCAACCAUAUGUCCAAAUCGGAACUACUUUCUACAUGCCAAUUUUUGAUGAUGCAAAGCCUUCAACCGAUUUAAACAUUAGAAAUUGGGAUUUUAAUAACUUUAUUGUAGGUACUUUAGAAAUUGAAUUACCAGAUUUUAAUGCAUCAAUCAGCCCACUUGACGCAUAUGAUGAAGAUAAGGAUUUAUACUAUGUUUUCUAUUAUGGAAAUGGUGGUGAAGUUGAAAGAAUUCCAUAUGUUUCAACAUUUACUGGCAAUAGUCUUUCAUUCUAUCAAAAUAUCAAUGGAAGUAGUGGUAGUAAUAGUGGAAGUAAUAGUAAUGGUGGUGAAUCAUCAUUCACUACAACUAAAUUCCCAAAUAGUGGUAAAUCAAGUUUAGUAUAUAACAAUAAUGUUGGUACUAUUUUUGUAAAAUCAUCAAAUCUUUAUGCAAUUGAACAACUUCAAACAAGCAUUAAUAUUGUUAAAAUCGAUUUAGAUGGUGCCUCAGUUGAAUUAGCCUACUCUGCUGAAAUGGAUAGUUAUACCGCUGAUUUCAUCUCUUAUUUCUUAACAAAUGAUAAUAAUUAUUUGGUUACCUUAAAUUUAAAUCAAGAUAAUUUAGUUGUUUACAAUUUCAUUGAUUUAACAACUUUCUCUUUAGCUCACUCAUUCACAUCUAAAAAUUAUUUCGAUAAUAUUUCCGAUGAUUUCGAUACAUCCUUUUAUUUUAAUGGUUUUGUUUAA